AUGCAGCCCACACUAGCCCCAGCGCCGCAUCCAAGCAUGCAAACCUCUGCUCAGGAUCAUGCGGAUCAGGUGCUGCAUGACCAGCUGCUAGCUGCUCAUCAACAUAUGUCUCACCCACAGCAACCGCGCCCGCAACCGCAGACAGCACCGCCUCCGCAUAUGCAAUCCAAUAUCACGAGUCCGCGAGAUCAGAAUAACAUUGACCCUGCCAUUUCAGGCGCUGCAAUGCUGAGUGGUCCCCCGCAAACACCCCCUCAACCCGAGCCUACGAGCCAAGAAUCGCCCAAGACCUAUGGGAAGCGACCGUUGUCAACCUCGAAGCGCGCUGCGCAGAAUCGUGCCGCUCAAAGAGCUUUCCGCCAACGGAAAGAGAGUUACAUCCGAAAAUUGGAAGAACAAGUGAAGGAGUUCGAUGGCAUGUCAGAGACGUUGAAGGCCCUUCAGGCCGAGAAUUACCAGCUGCGAGAACACAUCAUCAAUCUGCAAUCUCGGCUAUUGGACUCGCAGGGCGAGAUCCCCGAGCUGCCCGGCAACAUUGAUCUGAGCCAGCCACGAGCGGACCUGUCUCUGCCUGGCACCGGCCCAGCAUCCACAGGGGCACCUGCCCAGGCUCCUCCAAUGCCUUCCCAACAGCCUCAAGCCCAACCUCAAGCAUCUGCACCCAAUGACGACAUGAAUUCGCUGAAUCGCAUCGCCGUGGCCGGUCUGGGUAUGCGCAAACACCCGAACGAGGAAGCCAAUUUUCUAGGAAACAACUUCCAAGCUCGCCGCCCGCGCGCUGAUGAGGUUCAACCAGAUGCGUCCGAAGCCCCGAAGACGGAAAUGAGCCACGGCUUGCCGGUUGUUUCCUGA